UGUUGAAUUUUAAAGCCGUUUGAAAGUGAUUUUACGUUAAGUUAUUGUUACUUGUUUGUAAUGGCGACGGCGGAUAACAGUAAAUAAGUAUUAUGUCUGUGGGGUCACUGUCGCCUCAAACAGUGUUAGGUUUUCACUUGUCUUCGUGAGAAUUUCCUGACUACGCUGCCCUUUCCCCACGAUGGCCUCCUCCUCAUCAGUUGGAGAUAAUCAACUGCAGAGGAUAAUCAGAGAUCUACACGACGCUGUAUUAGAGUUGAGUAAAGAACACAACGAGUGUGGUGAACCUGUAACUGAUGACAGCGCCUACCUGCACAAGUUCUUCUAUAAACUAGAAUACCUGCUCCAGUUUGACCAGAAAGAGAAGACAACCUUUCUUGGUCAGAGGAAAGACUACUGGGAUUACUUCUGCGACUGCCUGAUUAAGAUCAAGGGAGCUAACGAUGGCAUCCGUUUUGUUAAAUCCAUCCCUGAGUUGAAGACAUCACUGGGGAAAGGAAGGGCCUUCAUCCGCUACUCACUCGUUCACCAGCGUCUUGCUGACACACUGCAGCAGUGUCUCAUAAACCAGAAGGUCACAAGUGACUGGUAUUAUGCAAGGAGUCCCUUCCUCAAGUGUCACCUCACUGCUGACAUAAUCAACCAUCUAUAUGAGCUCAACCAGAUCCAAUUUGACGUGGCAGCCAGGGGUUACGACCUCGAUGCAGAUUGGCCAACAUUUGCCAGGCGAACAUUAGGCAAUGCCUCAUCAGCUUUCCUGUGGAGGCCUCCCAGUCGCUGCUCCAGCAUCAACAGUCUUGUUAGCAGCUACCCACACUCACAGGUGCAGGAGUUUCUCCCAAUACCAGACCUGAGUCACAGUCUCCUUGGUGAACUAGAGGAACUGGGGGAGCCCUCUUCAUGCAGCAUCGCAGAGAACCUCCGCAUUGAGCUCGACCAGUCCGAGCUCAGACAGCAAAAGCUCCUGGUCCAGGUUCAGGAGUUAGGCAAAGAAGCUGCUGAGCUGAAAGGUGUGGUUAAAGACCUUGAAGGCCAGGUGUUGGCAACUCAGAAGUCCGCUGGCCACUCUUUAUCCACAGAAGCCCAAAGUAACCAAGAAACAGAUCAUCAGGACGUGGCACAUCUCCUUCAAAACGGUAGGGAAGCAAUAAACAGUGAACUUCAAAAUAGACUCACAUCUGCUGAGAACAAAAAUAUGGAGCUUCUCUCUAAAUUGGACGAUGCGCUUAAAGAAAAAGGACAACAAACCGCGAGCUACUGCGACUCAGCCUGGAAAAUUCAGGAACUCCUGGAUAAACUUAAGACGGCAGAGGAGGAGAGGUUGGAGGCAAAGAGAGAGGCUGAGGACAGAGCCAGAUACUCUGAGCGUCUGUCCCAGGACCUAAAACUCAGGGAAGAAGAGUUGACCAACAGUGAGGAAAAGCUGGCGGAAGUAAAAGCCAGAGCUCAUUACGAACGUGAGGAGGCGCUCAAACGGUUGGAGGAUCUCCAAAGUGCAGUCGGUCGAAUUCAGGGGGCGCUGAGUUUGAAAGAGAAGGAGACGGGGAACUUGAGAGCCCAGCUUCAGGAUCUACAAGCAUCGCUGGAGUGCAGAGAACGGAAGGCGGAGGAUCUGAGGAGAAGACUGCAUAAGGAGAGGGAGGAGGUAGAGCAGAGAUGUAGCAUGAGUAAUAGCCAGAAUGAGGAACUCGAGACACAGCUCUUGGAUUUCAGAAAAACUCUAAAAAACAGAGAGAAAGAGCUCGGCGUUAGUUCAGAGAGAAUCAAACAUUUAGAGGAGCAGUUGGAGAAGCUAAAUGUUGAGAAAGAAAGUCUGAGCUCUAGACUUGCUGAUUAUGAAGUUUCUUCCUCUAAGAACCUUGAGGACUACAAAACCCAGUGCAAAAACCUCAUGGAAAUAAACACUAAGGUACUCCAAACAGUUAAGAAGAGUGAGGGGAGCCUUAAAGAGCUGACUGAGAGCAGGGCAGCCUUGUUGGACCAGCUCGCUUCUUUAAAGGCUUCUGAAAAGCACUUAAAGGGCAAAGUCGAGGCUGCAAAUAUGUGUGUGGAAGAUCGGGAGAAGAAGCUUCUAGAUGAAAACCUGCAUUUGGAGGAGAUUGCACAGAAGGCACUCGUCCAGAGGGAACAAUCUGAUGCUCAAUUAAAGAAUCUAGAGCAUGAGAACCGGGAACUUCUUGAGGUCCAGUCCUCGAUGAAGAAACGAUUUGCCACAACUCAACAGGAACUGGACUCACUUACUGUCAAAGCUGCAAAGUUGGACAAGAACCUCAUUGUGUCCCAAAGAAGCCAAGCAGAGUUACUUGAAAAACUCCAAGAAUCUGAGAAUAAACUGAGAGACCAGGCUGUUGAAUUUGGGCAUCUGCAAGCUAGAGCAGAAGAGCUGGAGAUCAGGAGUGGGGAGCUGCACGAUGAAAAAGGAGCCGCAGAGAGCAAUGAAAAAAUGCAGAAGGCUCAUGAUGCGCGUCAGACGUCCUCAAUGGAAACCAAAGAGGCCCCAUUCAGGCUGGUUAUGGCUGAGGCUCACCUGGAGCUCAACCUAAGAGAGGUGCAGCGGCUCCAGGAAGAGGUGGUGAAGCUCAGGGCUCAGCAUCUUGCAGGAACUGAGGAGAGGGUGAAGGUUCAAGCGCUGCAGGAGGUGACAGAGUCCUCCAGAGAGGACCUGCGUGUAUUAGCAGAACAACUGAAAGCCCAGGUAGAGGAGCUAAACCGCCGGCAUGUAGAUGAGAUUCUUCGAUCCCGGGAGCGAGAGGAGGCUCUUAUCCGAGAGCGUGACGGUGAGGCUCUGGCUCGAGCAGGCCUGUCUGCAGAGGUGACUGCCUCCAGAGAGGAGCUCAAUAAACUGAAGCUGAGUUAUGAAGCCUUGUGUCUGGAAAACAGUGAAUCCAGGGAGGCGCUCCAUAGAGCCAACACAGAAACCGCUGAACUCGGUAUUCAUGUGUGUAUGCUAACUGCUGAGAACGAAGAGGCUCGUCUGCGCUGGGAGGGCUUGUCAACAAGACUGCAAGAGCUGGACGAGGAGGCGUCUCAUGAGGCAGAGAGGCUAAAUACCUGCAUGGAGCAGCUGAGUCAGGAGAACCAGCGACUCCUCGAUCGGCUCCAUAACGAGAAGGGUUUGUUGGCAACCAAGCAGGAUCUGCAGGAGGAGCUGAGCAAGGCCCAUCAGGAGGCCGAAGCUGUGCAGGAGAUGAGUCAGGAGGAGGUCCAGGCACUCCGCUUUCAGCUCAGCAGCCAAGCCAUGAGCCACGACAGCACGCUCCAGACUGUGAAUGGAGCGUUAGAGGAAGUGAAAUUACAGCUGAUGACUGAGCAGGAGAAAGUGGUCGACCUGGAGAACAAAUUCAAACAGCUCGAGGCUGAGAAUCAGAGAUAUUGCCAACAGAUUGAGGAGAAAAACAUCCAGAUGGCCGAUUCUGUAAAUCUCAUCCAGCAGAAAGAAGACGAGAUAAUCCAUCUGAAAGGGAAUUUAUCAAGUUUGCAGGAUGGUCUGGCAGCAGCUCAGCAGACCUGUCAGGAGAUGAGUGACAAUCUACGGAAAGCCAAACAGGACAAACAGAGCUUUGAUCUUAGUACGGCUGCUGAACUCGACGAUCUUUACCGCACCAAAAUCAAUUUGGAAGAAAGGCUUGUAGAACUGAUCAGGGAGAAAGAUGCUCUGUGGCAGAAGACGGAUGCCCUGGAGUUUGAGCAAAAACUACGGGAUGAGGAGACGGAGAGGGACGUCAACUACUGUCUGGGCUGCCACACUCAGUUCAGCUGGUGGCUCCGCAAGCACAACUGCAGACUGUGUGGGCGUCCCUUCUGCUACUACUGCUGCAGUAACACAGUGAGCACCCAGCAGGGCGGCCACAGAGAGCGCUGCUGCAGUGACUGUUACAACCAGCACAGUGCAGUGGUUGAGCGCCACCCACAGGAGGAAGUGACUCACAGCACACCGGGGACACCUUUCAGUCGUUUGCUGCAGGCUGGGAGAGCUGUGACGAGUGGUUCAGGAGCAAACGAAGGUGACAAGCCGGAUGAUGCUGUUUUUGACAUUAUCACAGAGGAGGAGGUGAGCGGGGUCUACGACAGUGACUCCCUCUCCUUUGCCACCGCCUGCUCUCCUGGACACGGACAGCAGGGGGCGGCACAACUAAACAGCAGUGCCAGUGCAGGAGACCUCACAUCAGAAGAUACUGAUGAUCUCAAUGCCGCAGUACAGGAUGCAGAGAUCUGCCUGCUGAAGUCUGGAGACCUCACGCUCUGCGUCCACUUCACGGUGGAUGACAUCUCAGGGUUUGGGGACAGCUCCCGAGAGCUUUUCAUCAAGUCCAGCUGUUACAGCACCAUCCCCAUCUCAAUGAGCGGGCCCGGUCCUACCGUCUCCUGGACGUUCACCUCUGAACCGAAGAGCAUCUCCUUCAGUGUGGUCUACAGGGAGAGUACAGAGACUCCACUGGAGCAGGCCAAGGUUUUGAUCCCACUGACUCGCUGUAACUCCCACAAAGAGACGAUCCAGGGGGAGCUGAAAGUCAGAAACGCUGGAGAAUACACGCUCGUCUUUGACAACUCUUUCUCCAGGUUCAUCUCAAAGAAAGUGCUGUAUCAUCUGAGUCUGGACAAGCCUGUGGUCUACGAUGGAACUGACCUCCUCUGAACGUGACAUGAAGCAGAAGAAGCAGGUGUGAAACGAAGUUUUUGAACAUUCAGGGUAUUUAAACUCGUGCGCAUCAUUUCAACGUGUCCCUCAGCUAGCGAUUUGAUCACGAGGUGUUACACGUCAGAUGAAUUCUGAUCUCGAGAGGCUGAACAAUGAAGUAAAACAAUGUUACACAAUUGAAUGUGAGCAUGCACUACCUUUUAUAAAAGUUGUAGUCUAAUUGUGGCGUUAGGGGUAUCAAACUUCACUCCUAGAUGACUGGAGGAUUGUUGCGUAUUUGAAUGUGAAGAACUUGUGUGUGUACCCUUACACCUACAGAUGUAGCUCCUGGAGGCAACUUUCUUUACUGCAGAAGGAAAGCUGCAUUUCUUUUUUCUUUCUUUUUUUAAAGGUUGAAGUGCAAUUGUUUGAUAAAUCCUGGUUUGUUCCCAUUGUUUUCCUCGUCUCAUAAA